ACAAACAUUAUUAUUUCAAUUACUUGGUAUUACGUUAAAAAUAAGAUGAAAAGGGCUUUAGUGCUUGCUUUUGACGAAAGAUAUGACUAGAAAUUUACGCUAGUUCGUCGUCCGAGGUGGAUUCGAGUGAGAGAAGAACAUUUCGACACUCUUGAUGAUAAAGAUUUUACAACAAGAUUUCGUCUCACAAAACCAACAGUUCUAUGUGUAUUGGAGUCUAUUGAAGAUAAAUUAGAAUUUCCUACAAAUAUAAAUAGUAGUGUGUCUCCCAUCAAUCAGUUACUAUGCGCUCUGCGUUUCUAUGCGACUGGAUGCUAUCAAAUGACAGCUGCUGAUUUAUGUGGAUUUAGUACAUCUACUGCCCAUAGAAUUGUACACAGAGUCAGUGCUGCUAUUGCCUCACUCCGACCGCGCCAUAUUUACUUUCCUGAAUUACCAGAUGAAAUACGCAAAACACAAAUUGAAUUUUCCAAAAGAGCUAAAUUCCCAUAUGUUAUUGGUGCUAUAGAUUGCACACAUGUAAAGUUUAUCAAGUCACCAGGUGGCGAAAAUCCAGAGAUAUUCCGUAACCGGAAAAACUACUUUUCUUUAAACGUUCAAGCCAUCUGCAAUGCAAAAUUGGAAUUUACAGAUGUGGUCUCUCGUUGGCCAGGAAGCACACAUGACUCAUAUAUCUUCAACAACUGCUAUAGACGGGCAUUGUUUGAUCAGGGACACUAUGGAAAUGCUGUUCUUGUAGGAGACGCAGGUUAUGCGUGUAACAGUUACAUGAUGACUCCAUUAGAACAAUGCAGUAAUGGUCCAGAAGACUUAUAUAAUGAGUCUCAUAUUAGAACGAGGAAUUGUAUAGAAAGAGUAUUUGGAUUAUGGAAAAGACGUUUCCCAGCCAUGGCUAUGGGGUUGGGAGUUUCUGUGCAGAAUAGCUUCCCAAUCAUCAUUGCUACUGCUGUACUACACAAUAUUGCAAGAAGAAGUGGUGAAGUCAUACCUCCUAAUGACAACCAAAUUAUAAAUCCAGAUUCUUGGGAUGCAUUAAUAACUCAGGGUGAUAUUAGCAGUGAAAAUAUUAAUAUAGGACAAUCAUACAGGACAAAUCCAAAUUAUAGAAGACGUAAUGAACUUAUCACAAACUACUUUGGACGGUGAGUUGACAGUUGUAUGUAAUCAUUACUAUAUCAUUACGCUUUUUAUCCCUGAAGCGGUAGGCAGAGGUGCACAUCACGGCACUUAAUGCCACUGUACAAUGAAAC